AUGGAUUGGACUGGAUUACUUGCUUGGUCAAUAGAUUAAAAGAAGGGAGAGAAAUUUGAUACCUCCAUUAAGCCAAUGGAUGAAGAGACUAAAAAAUGGUUAACUGAAGCAUUGUAAAGCUAUUCUGUAGAUGAAUUUUAAAUGAUAAAAGACCUGCUAGAUAAAAUAGCUAAACCUGAAUAAGAGAAUGAAGAAGAAUAACGUUUGGAAUGGUUUGAUUAAUUAAUGGAACUAUUAGAUGCUUUGGAUAGAGCUAAUGAUUUUUGUAAAAUUGGUGGGUUGAAUCUAAUGUUCAAUUAUUAUUAGACUACCAAAUUUGAUUCAAUCAAAUUAUAAACCCUAAAGAUUAUUGCAAAUUGUAAUCAAAACAACGCUUUUGUUUAAGAGUAUUGUGGAUAACAUAAUUAUCUUAAAAUUGUACAAGAAAUAGAGAAAAUUGUUAAUCUAAAAGUAAAGGAGCAUCUUAUAAGUGCAAUUUCGAGCAUGAUAAGAGGGGAAUGCUUAAAUAAUAAAAGGAAAUUCAUCGAUAUGAAUGGAAUAUAAAUAUUAUUAAAUCAUUUAGACUCAAAUAGAUGUAUUGAGAAAAUUGCAAACAUGUUCAGAGAUCUAUUAUAUUAUGAUGACGAAUUACAUAAAAUCUAUCAUGAUUUAUCCAAGUUUUCAAAUACUGCUGGAUAAACCUUAAAAUAAUAGGAUAAAAAGAAUUAUAAUCUAACAACAGAUAUCAAUGAUGAACUAUUAAAAUGUAAUGAACUUCCUGAAAAUACGAAGUAUAAAGGCAUAGUCAAAUAAAUAUUGGUGUCAUUGAAUUUUUUUGGUUACGCAAAGAAAUUCAUUUUUGAUACAUCUAUUAAAACCUCUGAUCUAAGAAUAUAAUACCUAUCAUGCUCAGUAAUUUUGUUAAAAGUGCAAAAUGAUCAAGAAUUUAAAUAGUUUAUCCAAACUCAUUUGGAUCACUUAUCAAAGGAACAAGAUUAAGACGAAGGAGAAAUAAGUUUAUGUAAAUAAAUUUUAUGA